AACUUAUUUACCAUAAGAAUUAAACUAAUGGCCCUUUAAUCUGUUCUUCUAUUCCUUGUAAACCAAAUCUGCAUUUUUUUCCUUCCAUAUUAGAUAUUCAGUAUGAUUUUUUUAGCUUGAAAGUGAGAUCUGAGGAUCGUUUUCGAAUCUCCGUCAUCGGAUUUCCAUUAAUACUGAUCACAUUUCGGAGAAAGACAUAUGCCGUUGGAUUAAUACAAUUAUUGGUAACAUCAUAGUAUCAUUCGUCAUGUCUUCGUUCAUUCCAGGAAAUUUAAACGGCAGAAAUGAAUGCAGAAACUCUCCAUCUUCGUUAUUCUUCUUCAUCUAGCUUCAACACUAGAUCACAUUCCUCCAUUAACGAAUUCCAAUUUGAAAAUAUGGAAAUGGAAGACGACAAUAAAAUUACUGACAUGAAGAAAAGACCGCCUUCAGAAUUCGGUGAUUCAGGGUGGUUGAGCAAUACAUUUUUCAUGAGAUUGACGGCUAGGGAUGUAUUCGGUGUGGUGAAGAAUCAUCCCAUACCGUGCAUCUUCGCUACCACGUUGUUCUUCUUCAUGGGCGUGGAAUAUACUCUUCAUAUGGUUCCAUCUUCGUCCCCGCCUUUCGAUCUCGGAUUUGUUGCUACGCGUUCCCUGCAUCGUUUGCUUGAUUCAAAACCUGCUCUCAAUACUGUUCUUGCUGGCCUUAAUACGGGGUUUGUGGGAAUGCAAAUGGUGUACAUAGUAUGGGCUUUCUUAAUUGAAGGGCGACCAAGAGCGACUAUUGCAACUCUGUUCAUGUUCACAUGUAGAGGCAUUCUUGGAUAUUCUACGCAGCUGCCAUUACCAGAGGAUUUUCUAGGGUCGGGAGCUGAUUUUCCAGUAGGAAAUGUGUCGUUUUUCUUGUUCUAUUCAGGGCAUGUUGCAGCAUCAGUGAUUGCAUCGCUGGAUAUGAAACGUAUGCAGAGAUGGAAAUUGUCUUAUUUAUUUGACACCUUGAACGUACUACAGACGGUGAGAUUGUUGAGUACCAGGGGCCAUUACACUAUUGAUUUGGCUGUUGGAGUUGGUGCUGGAAUUUUGUUUGAUUCUCUCUCUGGAAAAUACGAGGAGAAGAGGAAAAAGGAAUUGCUCGCAGGUAGUCCUGAUGGCUCUACUAAUGGUGCGUUUCAUAACUCGAAAUUACAUGAAAAUGGUGAAUAUUCAAGUGUUUCUGCAGAUUAGAACUUCCCAUUCCAGCAUUUCAUUCUUUUCAACUGUAAAAAAACACCUUUACUAUAGUGUUAGUAUGUUAUAAAUUUGAAUUUCCCCAAGAAAAUAUUCAAUUA